AUGGCUGCGGCCCUGCGAUCUGUGGGCGUCCUGCUCCGCGAUCGGCUGCUGUGCCGCGGCUCAAGGGCCCAUCAGCCGUGGAGGCGCCAGUCGGGUGCGGCCACAGCGGCGGCCGCCACGGAAACCGCCCAGCGCGCCGGAAGCCCCAAGCCUCGGGCUCAGCCGGGGGACAGGAAGCCAAAGACUGGAAUAUUGAUGCUGAACAUGGGAGGCCCCGAAACCGUCGAAGAAGUUCAAGACUUCCUUCAGAGGCUCUUCUUGGAUCAAGACCUCAUGACACUCCCUAUCCAAAAUAAGCUGGGACCAUUCAUCGCCAAACGCCGAACCCCCAAAAUUCAGGAGCAGUACCGCAGGAUCGGAGGUGGAUCGCCUAUCAAGAUGUGGACCUCCAAGCAGGGGGAAGGCAUGGUGAAGCUGCUGGACGAGCUGUCCCCGCACACAGCCCCGCACAAGUACUAUAUUGGAUUCCGGUACGUCCACCCGUUAACAGAGGAAGCGGUUGGAGAGAUGGAGCGGGACGGCCUGGAGAGAGCAGUCGCCUUCACGCAGUACCCUCAGUUCAGCUGCUCCACCACGGGCAGCAGCUUAAAUGCCAUUUACAGAUACUAUAAUGAGGCGGGCAAGGAGCCCACAAUGAAGUGGAGCACGAUUGACAGGUGGCCAACGCACCCUCUCCUUAUUCAGUGCUUCGCUGACCACAUUCUGAAAGAGCUGGAUCGCUUUCCUCCUGAGAAGAGACGUGAAGUGGUCAUUCUUUUUUCUGCUCACUCACUGCCAAUGUCUGUGGUCAACAGAGGGGACCCCUAUCCUCAGGAGGUGGGCGCCACUGUCCAAAGAGUCAUGGACAAGCUGGGUUACUCCAACCCCUACCGACUGGUUUGGCAGUCCAAGGUCGGCCCGAUGCCCUGGCUGGGUCCUCAGACAGACGAGGCCAUCAAAGGGCUCUGUAAGAGGGGAAGGAAGAACAUCCUUUUGGUUCCGAUAGCGUUUACCAGCGAUCACAUUGAAACUCUGUAUGAGUUGGACAUUGAAUAUUCUCAAGUUCUAGCCAAUGAGUGUGGACUUGAAAACAUCAGAAGAGCGGAGUCUCUUAAUGGAAACCCACUGUUCUCAAAGGCCCUGGCCGACCUGGUCCACGCACACCUCCAGUCCAAGGAGCGCUGCUCCACGCAGCUGACCCUGAGCUGUCCGCUCUGCGUGAACCCCACCUGCAGGGAGACCAAGUCCUUCUUCAGCAGCCAGCAGCUGUGA